AUAAAAGCGCGUCCCCGUGGUGCGUCUCAUACUUUCCCGGAUCAGAACUGCUGUAUGUCUCAGAGCUUCACUCCAGAACCAGAACAACAUGCUGCGGGUCAGAUGCCUCAGAGGUGGAAGCCGCGGAGCAGAAGCUGCACAUCUCAUCGGCGCUAUGGUGGGUCGCACGGUGUCGGGAUGGGUGCAGCGUGCGUUCCGCAGCACCUCGAGCUCCGCCGCCGUGGCGCAGCCUCUCUCCGUGGACGAGUCCGUUACUGAGCACGCGCCAGAUGAGUGCCCAGUGUGCGCGUACAACGAAUGGGACUCGCUCGAGGAAGUGAUCGUCGGGCGGGCUGAGAACGCCUGCGUCCCCCCGUUUACAGUGGAGGUCAAGGCCAACACUUAUGAGAAAUAUUGGCCCUUCUACCAGCAGUAUGGGGGACAGACAUUCCCGAAGGAACAUGUGAAGAAAGCAGUUGCUGAAGUUGAGGAAAUGUGCAAUAUUCUGCGUCAUGAGGGUGUUAUUGUGAGACGACCAGAACCAAUUGACUGGUCAUUGGAAUACAAAACCCCAGAUUUUACCUCCACAGGAAUGUACGCAGCCAUGCCGAGAGAUAUCCUGAUAGUGGUGGGUAAUGAGAUUAUUGAGGCGCCGAUGGCCUGGAGAGCUCGGUUCUUCGAGUACCGUGCUUAUCGACCUCUCAUUAAGGAGUACUUCAUGCGGGGAGCCAAGUGGACCACUGCACCCAAACCCACCAUGGCCGACGAGCUGUACGAUCAGGAUUACCCUAUUCGUACAGUGGAGGACAGACAUAAACUGGCUGCGCAGGGGAAGUUCGUCACCACGGAAUUUGAGCCGUGUUUUGAUGCUGCAGACUUCAUCAGAGCAGGCACUGACAUUUUUGUACAGAGGAGUCAGGUUACAAACUUCAUGGGCAUUGAGUGGAUGAGGCGUCAUCUGGCGCCCACAUACAAGAUACACAUCAUCUCCUUCAAAGAUCCUAACCCCAUGCACAUUGAUGCCACCUUUAACAUCAUCGGACCAGGACUGGUGCUGUCCAACCCAGAUCGACCCUGCCGGCAGAUUGAAAUGUUUAAGAAAGCUGGAUGGACUGUGGCGUCCCCCCCAACUCCUCUUAUUCCAGAUGAUCAUCCAUUGUGGAUGUCGUCCAAAUGGCUGUCUAUGAAUGUUUUGAUGCUGGAUGAAAAACGUGUCAUGGUUGAUGCCAACGAGACAACUAUCCAGAAAAUGUUUGAAAAUCUUGGUAUUAAGACUAUUAAAGUUAGCAUCCGUCAUGCUAACUCCCUGGGAGGAGGAUUUCACUGCUGGACAACAGAUGUCCGUCGUCGCGGCACCCUCCAGUCUUACUUCCUCUAGCCUGCCAGAAAGACGCAGUUCUUAUUGAGCAUAUAUAUUUGAGCAAUAGUGACAAACGCAGGUCUUUGGUUUGAUAGUGCUGUGCAUGUCAAAGCUUUUGCAAAUGUAUCGAAUGAAUAUGAUGAAUCAAAACUUCAGUGAUCUCAAUAACAACUGCAUUUCUGGCCGGCUGUUGUAGUAAUGACUCCAGUGAAGUAGGCAGAACCCCCCCCAUCCCACCACCACCACCACCACCACCACCACCAUGACCAUGAGUUUCUACCUCCUUUUUACCACAAAGAAAAAAUUUGUAUUUAGCUUAUUUUGUCAUUGUAAUCAAAUUACUUAUUAUAUCAUGAAUUUUUAAUUAUAUAUAAUUUUUUUACCCAUCAUGUAUAAAGUGUUGUAUGAACACUUCUCAUUUGUAAACUCAGGUAUUUUUAUAGCCAUAUUACCAUUAUUUUAUAAGCAUAUCGUGAAAAUGUAAAUAUAUAAAUGUAUACAUAUGCAUUUUAUUGGCAAUACUUUCCCUCCACAAAAGUGUUUUUAUAGCAUCUGCCUCUGUUGUCAUUCACAAUAGCAGGAGUCAGGACGCUACACUAUGCUUGGUUUUUAUGUUGUGUUUGCGUUGUAAUUCUCUAGUUAAAGGAAUAGUUCACCCAAAUGUGAAAAUGUACUCAUCACUUACUCACCCUCUUGCCAUCCCAGGUGUGCAUGAUUUUUUUUCUUCUGCAGAACACAAACAAAGAUUUUUAGAAAUAAAUCUCAACACUGUAGGUUCACACAAUUCAAGUGAAUGGAGAUCAGAACUUUGAAGUUCCAAAAAACAAAUAAAGGCAGCAUAAAAGUAAUCCAUACAACUCCAGUGAUUUAAUCCAUAGCUUUAGAAGCGAUAUGAUAAGAGUGGCUGAGAAACAGAUCAAUAUUUAAGUCAGUUUUUACCAUAAAAUCUACCUACCCAGUAGGUGGUGAUAUGCACAAAGAAUGCAAAUCACCAAAAAUAGAAGAAGAAUGUGAUAUUGGAGAUUUCUAGUAAAAAAGGACUUCAAUAUUUAUCUGUUUCUCACCCACACUUAUCAUAUUGCUUCUGAUUAUAUAGAUUUAGCCACUGGAGUCGUAUGCAUUACUUUUUUGCUGCCUUUAUGUAGUUUUUGGAGCUUGACAGUUUUGUCCACCAUUCACUUGCACUGUGAUGACCCACAGAGAAGAAAUAUUCCUCUAAAAUUCUUAAUUUGUGUUCAGCAGAAGAAAUACAUCUGGGAUGACAUGAGGGUGAGUAAAUGAGGAGAGAGUUUUCUUUUUUAGGUGAAUCUUCCCUUUUAGCUUGUUGUGUGAGAUUGCUCUUUAUUUUUUUUUUUAUUUGAUCCCCUUUUCUCCACAGUCAGGUCAAACAAAAUCUAUAAAAAAUACACUUGGAAAUGAAUGUGAUUGAAAUAUUUUAAUUUUGCAGAAAGUAUUAACAAUCAAAAGAACACAAAUAAGCAAAAUAUUCGUCAUACGGCAGUUUUUUUCUUAAAGAAAGAUAAAACUCACAUGAUGAAAAAAAUUUCUUUGAAUCUCAUUUCUAUGACGUUGGCAUUUGUCAGUGUCUUGAAGCUAUAUUUUCUCAUUUGUAACCCUCCAAAUAAAAAAAAUUAAAAAAGGAUUUCCCUUAUAUUUAUUUAUAUUUUCCUAGAUAUAAUGAAUGUUAUGCAUUGAGGCAAAAUAAACUGAUUUAAAAUGGAGCUGACAUCACAUGUCGCAUGUUAUUGAGCUGCAGGCUUCUCACACAUCCACAUGUGCUGUUUUCAUGCAGUGAGAAAGUAAGUUUGUGUUAAUGAUUGACUCUGAUUAAGGAUGUUUUGUUUAGGAAUGGCUCCGACAUCUGUGUUUCC